AUGAGCGAAUGCUACUAUAAUGGGCGCCUAUGGAGUGCUCUCCUCUUCCUAUGGCUAGCAUCAGUAGUAUUGGCUUUUCCACAGAACCAAUCUUCCAAAAUCACGUCAGUUGUUGCUCAGCCAAAAUUCAUGAUUGUGGGAGACUCAAUCACUCACGGUGCAGACGGAGACCACACCUGGCGUUAUCGCCUGUGGCAAUGGUUGACAGAACAAGGAUACCAGCCGAAUUUCGUCGGCCCAUAUCGGGGGACUCAUGGGCCCGCCGACCCAAACUCUGCCCAGCCGUUGCCAGCCCGUUUUGAGGGCGAAACGCAGGACUCCUACAGUAACUUAGAAGGAAUAUAUGCAUCCAAUGUGGAAGCGGAUUUCCAAACUUCUGCCCACGCUGCUUGGUGGGGAAGACAAGCCCAUCAAGACAAGGACUGGAUCAAGGGAUGGGUUCAAGAGCAUCAGCCAGCCUAUCUCCUUCUGCUCUUGGGUUUCAAUGAUCUCGGCUGGAGUGUUCAGGGACCUGAAGGGCUGCUUGGUGAUAUGGGAGCAAUAGUCCAGAGCGCCCGUGAAGCGAAAGCGGACAUCAACGUGCUGGUGGGCAACGUGAUGCAUAGGAGCUUCCUUGAAGGCCGCCAAGACUUGGUUGAUAACACAAACAGCUACAACAGUAAGCUUGCGGAGACCGUUCCAAACUGGUUUCGCUGGGAAUCUCCCAUCUCGGUCGUUGAUGUUGCCAGCAACGUCAACUGCCGGCCCGAGGGUUGCCCGCAUGGUUACGACGGGCUACACCCAAACGAAAUGGGUGAGUACUAUAUAGCCCAGGUCUUUGCUAGGGUCCUGAAAAGCAGUUUUCAUUUUCAGGGCGAAGACUUCCAGCCGCCAGCAUCGGUACCUGCACGUCAGCUCAGCAUCCCAGGAAAUUUCAGGGUCUCUGCAGUGGACGAGGGCUUCUUUGUUGAGUGGGACAGAAUGGCUAUAGCGAGAGGAUAUGAUAUCCGGAUGCGACAGAAAGGGUCUACUCAAUGGUGGUCUGAAGGAGCCGUCUCCCCAAGCACCUUUGUCUCCUACAUGACUUGGGUUGUCGAAGGAGAAACAUGGGAAUUUCAAGUCCGCUCAAGAGGGGACAACGGCGCCGUGUCUGACUGGUCGUCUCUAGUAAGCUCCACAGCUCACCCAAAAACUGCAGGUGGGCCUUCUGGGAUUGCCGUAUAUCCCGAGGGUAAUGGACUUCGAUUCAGCUGGGACGCCGUGUCUCGAAGCGAUGUCAAUCGAUACCAAGUUAUAAUACUGGACCAAGAUGUGGCUGGCUCGUACAUCGAGGGAUACGCGGCCAAAGGGACUAGCCAUACUAUCUCCAACCUCAAAUCUGGCCAUCGAUAUUCAACCUCGGUACAGACAUGGGUUGACCUUGGCAAUGGAAGACUAGCAGGUGGUAGACCAGCAGGUCAUAGACAUGCUAGAGUAGGCGCAGGCGCUCCGAGUACGUCUCCCAAAAGCCUGAAAGUGCAAAAUAUAUCUGCUGUACAGAUAUUGCUGGAGUGGUCAAGCGUCUCCGAUGCUUUAGGCUACGCUAUUUAUGUUAGAAACAUAAAUGACAGCAGCAAUUUCAAGCUCGAUGGCUCUGCAACGGGCACAAGCUAUGGUGUCGGGUUUCUUUUUCCAGGAACUUGGAACUUCGAAUUCUGUGUCGUUUCAUAUAACGGAAAUCUAGAAACUAGUCGAGAUUCUUGCGUAAUCCCACCUCCUAUCUAUCCUUAG